AUGCAUUCUUCCGUUUACUUGUUCAUUCUUCUUUGCCUCCUAGCCAUCAACUUCAAUUCCCAUGCAAAAGACAACAAGCCCCAUAGCAGUGUGGUCCUUGGCCUUAGCCAUGUUAGAUCUCUAUCUGCUCCAUCCAUGGUGAUAAUAAACUCCACAAAAUUUGACUUCCUGGACAUUAUAGAACCAGUAACAACAUAUAUAGAUGGCUACUUGCUUUCCCUUAACCUGGGCAUGCCCCCACAGGUUUUCCAGGUGUACUUGGACACAGGGAGUGACCUCACCUGGGUUCCCUGUGGCACAAACACCAGCUACCAGUGCAUAGAGUGUGGCAAUGAGCAUAGCAUCUCAAAGCCAACUCCAACCUUCUCCCCAUCUCAGUCCUCUUCAAACACAAGGGAACUAUGCGGCAGCCGCUUCUGCGUCGACAUCCAUAGCUCUGAUAACUCUCAUGAUCCCUGCGCCGCAGCGGGUUGCGCAAUCCCUUCCUUCAUGAGUGGUCUAUGCACUAGACCUUGCCCACCUUUCUCCUACACCUAUGGUGGUGGAGCACUGGUCCUUGGCUCCCUUUCAAAGGACAUUGUAACACUCCAUGGAAGCAUUUUUGGCAUUGGCAUCCUUUUGGACUUCCCUGGCUUCUGCUUUGGCUGUGUGGGGAGCUCCAUAAGGGAGCCAAUUGGCAUUGCAGGGUUUGGCAAGGGCAGGCUCUCCCUGCCGUCCCAGCUAGGGUUCCUUGACAAGGGUUUCUCCCAUUGCUUCCUGGGGUUCCGGUUCGCGAGGAACCCUAACUUCACCAGCUCCCUGAUCAUGGGAGACCUUGCUCUGUCCGCAAAGGGCGACUUCCUCUUCACCCCAAUGCUGAAGAGCAUCACCAACCCAAAUUUCUACUACAUUGGCCUGGAGGGUGUCAGCAUUGGAGAUGGUGCCGCCAUUGCUGCUGCUCCAAGCUUGAGCAGCAUCGACUCGGAGGGCAAUGGCGGGAUGAUCGUCGACACCGGGACGACGUACACCCACCUCCCUGAUCCCUUCUACACCUCAAUCCUGGCAUCCCUUGUUUCUGCCACGCCCUAUGAGAGAUCCUACGACCUCGAGAUGAGGACGGGGUUUGAUCUCUGCUUCAAGAUCCCCUGCACGCACACGCCAUGCACGCAGGACGAGCUGCCCCUGCUGAGCCUCCAUUUCCUCGGCGAUGUGGAGCUCACGCUGCCCAAGGAGAGCUGCUACUACGCGGUCACGGCGCCCAGGAACUCGGUGGUGGUGAAGUGCUUGCUGUUCCAGAGGAUGGACGACGACGACGGCGACGAUGAAGACGAAGGCGAUGUCGGUGGCGCGAAUGGGCCAGGAGCAGUUCUUGGGAGCUUCCAGAUGCAAAACGUUGAGGUUGUCUACGAUCUGGAGGCUGGGAGGGUUGGGUUUCAGCCCAAGGAUUGUGCCAUUCACGCCCAGUGAAGACCAGUGCAGAAAUCUGUGCGUGCAGAUGGUACGCUUUUGCGUCAUCUUUAGCGCACGAUCGGAUGGGGGUUUCAGGUGUUCUUGGACAUUUUUAUUUCAGUCGAGUCGCUUUGUGUGUUUGUAGUACAAGUGGCCGUACGAAAAACCACUAGCGAAGAGAAAACACCUACUAGUGGGGAGUUCAUGACGAGAAAGCGAAGUGUCACAUGUAAUGCAAAACUGCCACUCUUGUUUGAAGUACAAAUAAAGGCGUGCUUUAUGUGUUGGAAUAACGGUCAAGCUAGUGGGAGUACUAGAUCCAUAUAAUUGAUUAGGUUAGUCUCAAUACAUG